AUUUAUAAAAAAUAUUAUAAAGUUUUUAAAUGUUUUUUUCUUUUUUUUUUUUUUUUUUUACAGGAAGAGACAAAUCCAGGAAGUAUUGCUGAGAGCAAGGACAAUUCAUUCCCAUUUUCGAUUUUUAUGGGAACUCUGGCAUUGCCAGGAAAAAUUUACAUUGCUGCGGACAAACAAAUAAUCUGCAGCUUUGAAGUUUCACUGGUUGAAGCAGCUCUUGCACUUCUGGCCACUUAUUGUGUAUUUAUGUAUAAUUAUCCUCCCGGACUGGCAAAUUUUUAUUCCUAUAUUCAAAAAUGCAUAUUUCACAUUUCUGAUGGCAAAAAGCUUCCCUCUUCCCUAAUGUCCUUU